AUGUCGCCUAAUGACGCGAUGAUCGCGCGUGUGUGUCGCACGUUCAGCGAUGCCUUUGCAAUGGAUGAAGCGACGGCGAAGGAGCGGGGGAAGAAGUACUGGGUCAGUCGAGUUCUGGGUUCCGGUGCGACCGGCACCGUACUGUGUGCGAAGCGCACGUCGGAUGGGGAGUCUUUUGCCGUGAAGGUUGUGGACAUGGAGGGCAUGUCGGAAGCUGACAAGAACCGCGCACAGGCGGAGGUGCACUGCCUGCUGAACUGUGACUUUUUUUCCAUACUGAGGUGUUACGAGGACUUUGCAAAGAAGGACCUUGCCGACGAGGAGAAUGUUUUGAUGAUGGCACUGGUGCUUGACUACGCAAAUGCCGGGGAUCUCCGCCAGGAGAUCAAGAGCCGUGCCAAGGCGUCGCGAACAUUUCGUGAGCACGAGGCAGGUCUUCUUUUCAUUCAAGUCUUACUUGCGCUUCAUCACGUGCACUCGAGGCACAUGAUCCAUCGCGACAUCAAGACUGCCAAUAUCCUCCUUUGCAGUAAUGGACUUGUGAAGCUUGGCGACUUUGGAUUUAGCAAGAUGUAUUCCGCCACUGUUUCGGGUGACGUCGGCAAGACGUUUUGCGGCACGCCGUACUAUGUUGCGCCGGAGAUUUGGCGACGGAAGCCCUACAGCAAGAAGGCCGAUCUUUUUUCCCUGGGUGUGCUGCUGUACGAGCUGCUAACGCUGAAGAGGCCGUUUGAUGGCGAGAAUAUGCAGGAGGUGAUGCAGAAGGCGCUGGCUGGGAAGUAUGACCCGCUGCCGACGACGAUUAGCCCUGAGAUGGCGGAAGUCGUAUCGAUGCUUCUCUCUGGAGACCCGCACGUCCGUCCCUCGACCAGUAAGCUGCUCAACAUGCCCAUUUGCAAGCUGUUUGUUUCUGGUUUGCUCGAAAUUGUGCAGACACAGUCUUCCUUUGCGGGGCCGCUACGUGAAAUGAUAUCAAUGAACAUUCAGGACGUAAAACGGUCUCUUAAAGAGGAGAAACGCAUUGCCGUCAGGCAAAUGGAGGAAUCACAGUCGACUGCUGCUGCGUCCACAACGAUCCUGGAGGGGGCAACCCCAAUGGGAAGCGUAGGGGACCUCACGCUGUACGAAGGCAUCGUGAGGAAACAAAGCGGUGACGUUGCGUGGAAACGUCGGUACCUGUGCAUACGCGGGGCACUUGAGGAUGGUGAGCGUCUCGAUGCAGGGAGGAUGCCGAGGUUCAAGAGCCUGGACCUCGUACUGGCUGUAUCGAAGGAGACGAUGCGGCAACAGUGCAUUGCGACGCCGUUUUCCGAGCUGGAGGAUGUGUUCCCUGUCCCGAGCAAGUACACGGGGUCGAAUGCGCGGCACGUGUUUGCUGUGGCCUUCAAGACAGGAAAGCGUCUUCUCUUUCAGGCACGUGGUGAUCCUGAGCGGGAUGAGUGGAUGCAAAAGAUCCAGGAGGCUCUCGGAAUUGAUGACGAAAACCAGAUUCUGUAG